ACCUCGUCAAGACCCACCACCUGCACCUCCGCCAACAACUUCUUCCCCAGAUCUUCAGCACUUGCCAUCUUCAAUUCCCUGCUUCUGUCACUCUCACUCUCACGCUCAUCCGCAACCGCACCGUCAUGUCAUGACGCGGUAAACACACAAACUACCGGCUUCCUCGCACGCGAACCCGUCAAAUGCCACCACACAUCGAAUCCUUCCCGCCCGCGCAGCUCGCGAAGAGGGUGCAGUACAAGACGAACGGCAAGGUGCAGAAGCCGCCGGUGGACCUCAAGGCCUGCGAGUUGAAGGAGAUGAUCCAGUACUUUUGCGAUUUGGAUGGGCCGAGGGAGCACCCGGGGAGUAAGGUGGUGUGUGCGCCGUAUUUGCGGAUGUUCAGGAAGUGCGCGAAUGGGUUGACGGUGGAGACGACGCGAUGGGAAGGUGUGCACGAUGGCUCGUGGAGUGAGGUUGGGGGUGCUGCACGUGACUCUGAACGAGAAGGCAGUUGAAGUUGAGAAACGUUUACGAAGCGAGGGCAAAACGACCUCAAAGAGCGUCGAAUGUGGAGAGCCUCUUUCUAACGAGGUCA